AGACGGAGCCUGGAACGACCCGGGAGGAAAAGCGGAGUGCUUGUGGCUGUGCUGCCCCUCCCCUGGUCCCGGCGCGCCUGGAGGGGCCCAGCCGGGGUGCUGCGAGGGCUCCGGGAGGCAGAAGGCUAAGCAUGGGGAAGAGCUGCAAGGUGGUCGUGUGUGGUCAAGCAUCUGUGGGCAAAACUUCAAUCCUGGAGCAGCUUCUAUAUGGGAACCAUGUAGUAGGUUCUGAGAUGAUUGAGACACAGGAAGACAUCUACGUGGGCUCCAUUGAGACCGACCGGGGGGUGCGGGAGCAGGUGCGUUUCUACGACACCCGGGGGCUCCGGGAUGGGGCCGAGCUACCCCGGCACUGCUUCUCCUGCACUGAUGGCUAUGUCCUGGUCUACAGCACGGAUAGCCGAGAGUCCUUUCAGCGUGUAGAGCUGCUCAAGAAGGAGAUCGACAAAUCCAAGGACAAGAAGGAGGUCACCAUCGUGGUCCUUGGCAACAAGUGUGACCUACAGGAGCAGCGGCGUGUAGACCCAGACGUGGCUCAGCACUGGGCCAAGUCCGAGAAGGUGAAGCUGUGGGAGGUAUCUGUGGCUGACCGCCGCUCUCUGCUGGAGCCCUUCGUCUACCUGGCCAGCAAGAUGACCCAGCCCCAGAGCAAGUCUGCUUUCCCCCUCAGCCGCAAGAACAAGGGCAGCGGCUCCUUGGAUGGCUGAAGACCUGCCAUCUUUCCUCCACCUUCCCAGCCUCAUUCCAGCUUCUGGGGCUCUGGGAGAUAUAUCCAGGGGUGGGGUUAGACAAGCUGUCCUUCCCAGGCCAGGCAGCUGGGCUGUCCCAGGCUCAGGUUGCUUUUGCUCCCUCCCAGCCUUGGGAAGUGGAGAUAAUCUAGGUUAGUGCCCCCAAAGCCUCCCUCCCCACCAGCUCUUAUCAUACCUGCCCUCCAUGACCUGGGGCAGUUGUGGUCACUGUCCCCUUCCACCUGCCCUGGAUGGGAAGCUGAGCUGCCAUGCACAAGUGCCCAGUCUAGGCUCUGGUUCCUGUCACAGGGGUCCCCCACCUGUGAGCUUUCUGCCAGUGACAGACAGACAGACACACACACACACACACACACUCAUACUCAUGGCACCAGACUGGACUCCAGAGGAAGGGCGUCCAGGUAUUAUGUGCGUGUAGACGUGUGCACAUGUGCAUGUGUGUGCAUGCUGGUGUCCAACUCUGACCCCCUCACCUUUCUCCUGUCCUCUCCUUGGCUGGAAGAAGCCAGCCUCCUGGGAAGUGUAAUUUUCUGCUUUAACUCCCC